UUAAAUAUUAUUAUUAUUGACUUAGUUUAUUUUAGAAGGGCUUUUGCUUGUUGGUCUAGUUAAACCUAAACAUGCCUUGUGACGAUCUCAACCACCUGGAGUUGGUGUCAACAAUUGGAUUUAAUGGCAACGUCAACAGGGGUCUUAUUAUACAUCCAGACAGGGAACACAUGAUCUACCCUCUUGGAAGCACGGUCAUUAUAAGAAACUUAACCACAAACCGCCAGGAGUUUUUGACUGGGCACAAAAACAAUGUUUCCUGCCUCACAGUCUCAAAAAGUGGGAAAUAUCUCGCUUCAGGACAGGUAACUCACAUGGGCUUUAAAGCAGACAUCAUAGUGUGGGAUUAUGAAAAAAGAAGUCUUCUUUAUCGUCUUACACUUCAUAAAGUAAAGGUGGAAGCUUUGGCUUUCUCUCCUAAUGAACUUUAUCUCGUUUCACUUGGUGGACAAGAUGAUGGAUCUGUUGUUGUGUGGAACAUGAAGACUGCAGCUGCUGUUUGUGGCUCACCUGCUGCUGUGCAGUCUGCGGGAACGACAUUCACGGUCAACUACGCAAACAACAGCGAUGAUAUCUUUGUUACCGCUGGUGAAGGAACAUUAAGAGUGUGGGAACUUGAUCUUCAAAACCGUAAGAUUCGACCACUAGAGUGCAACAUGGGGCAGCUAAAGAGAAUUGUUAAAUGUGUGGAGGUUGAUGAGAAUGACCAUUAUUUCUACUGUGGAACAACCAGUGGUGACAUCUUGAAGAUGAACAUGAAAACAAAACUUGUGGCAAACUAUGGACCAGCCAAAGGAAAAUUCAGUCGAGGCAUUGCUGAUAUCAAAAUCUUGAAGACUGGUGACUUAUUGGUUGGAGCUGGGGAUGGAACGGUUGCUUUGGUGAAAGGAAACAGCGACAAGUAUGGUCUUGUUAAACCUGCAAUGAAAGUUCAGGGAGCUGUGACAUCCAUCGCUUUGAGGGGAGAAGGUCACCAGUUCUUUGUCGGAACAAACAAGUCACAAAUAUUCAGAUUCAACUUCACUGACUCAGCCAUGACACCCAUCGUCUCAGCUCACUACGAACCAGUCGCUGACGUUGCUUUCCCUGUUGGAUGUUCCGAGCUCUUUGCAACUUGUUCUGGCGAUGACAUACGAGUAUGGCACACUCUAACAUCCAGGGAACUACUGAGAAUCACCGUGCCAAAUAUGAUUUGUCAUGCUAUUGAAUUCAUGCAGGAUGGUCAUUCACUUAUAUCUGCAUGGGAAGACGGAAAAAUACGAGCUUUCCUUCCAGAGUCCGGAAAACUUCAUUAUACCAUUGAUAACGCACAUAAUUCCGGGGUAACAGCUAUUGCUACAACUGAAGAUUGCAAAAAAAUUAUCUCGGGUGGUGGAGAAGGCCAGGUAAGAGUGUGGGAUAUAUCAGAACGAACAAAUAUUCCGCGCUUGAAAGAAGCAAUGAAGGAACACAAGUCUGCUAUAACAUGCAUCAAGGUUCGUCCCAAUGGGGGGGAAUGUGUGACUGCAUCUGAUGAUGGUACUUGCAUUAUCUGGGAUCUGUGUAGGUUUGUACGCAAACAAAUGGUCAUGUCCAACACACUGUUCAGAUGUGUGUGCUACCACCCGAUGGGUAUACAGAUCAUCACGUCAGGCACGGAUCGUAAGGUCGCUUACUGGGAGACUUUUGAUGGAAGUCAGAUCCGAGAGGUUGAAGGAUCAAAGACAGGAUCCAUUAACGGGAUGGACAUCUCUCCGGAUGGAACGGCUGUCAUCACUGGAGGAGAUGAUAAACUUAUCAAGCUUUGGGAUUACAAUGAAGGAGCUGUUCAUUGGGUGGGAGAAGGUCACAGUGGAAACGUGACCCGUGUCAAGAUGUGUCCUAACCGCGCUUAUAUCGUCAGUGUGAGUCAAGACGGAGCCAUCCUCAUUUGGCGUUACCCACAGUGAUGACGCCACGAUCUUUUACGUCAUCAGCAUUGUCGGACUCGUUAUUUUUGUUACAGUCUUAUCCAUAUAAAUAUAUAUAGUAUUUCAACAUUUUUAAGUGAGUUUGUGUGUUUUAUUCGAUCACAUGUUUUCCGUGAAGCACAGUCGUCGUUUCUUCUUGUGUUUUGCGGCCUGGUUGCUUUCCCGCUGUUGCCUGUCUGAUCAGCUUACACUGUAAUAAAUCGAUGUAUCUUCG